AUGCCUACAGUCAAAGUCCUCAUCCACGAGGAUCCGGAUCUGGGCCCCGGUCCAGACGAGGAUGCCUCAGAGGUGUCUGUCUCUGGAGAUGAUUCAGACUCUGGGAGCGUGCUUUCGGAUGACUCGAUCCUUCCUGACUACAAACUGGAGGAUAAAACGGCAGGGACGGCCAAAACUCUGUAUCAGGCCUGUGCUAGGAAUGAGAUCGUGUCCCUGCGCAGAGUGCUGGAUGCGGGUGUCACACAGGAAGACGUCAUGGAGCUGGACGUCAACGGACGGAACGGCCUUAUGGUGGCAGUUUCUAAAGGCUUUGUAGACAUUGUGUACUCACUGAACCAGUGUCCAUUUCUGGAAAUAAAUCACCGUGAUAAUGAUGGAAACACAGCACUCAUGAUUGCAGCACAAGCUGGUUUUGUGACCAUCCUGACCUACAUUCUGAACUACUUUUCUGGUGUGGACAUCGAACUCAGGGACCAUCGUGGCUUUACUGCUCUUAUUAAGGCAGCCAUACAAGGCAAUAAUGACUGUGUGGCCUCGUUACUUAUGGCAGGUGCGGACAUUAAUACAGUGGAUUCCACACGAGGGAAGGAUGUAAACGAAUGGGCACUAAAGACAGGACACUUUGAAACUUUUAACAGACUCAGGCUGCUGAUGAGCCGACCUCGAGCAGAACAAUUCUGUGAAAGCUACAUACCAGAAUGGCCUGAACUUAAGCAGUUGGUGGACAAAGCUACAUCCCCAAGAAGUGCGGGGCAAAAGGUUGCCCAUUGCUUCAAGUCUACAUUCACUGUAUCCUUUCCAAAAGACCCUCAGGACAAUGGUGUUCUGGAUCACAUGGUGCGCAUGACUACGAGCGUCCACAGUCCCCUGGUGGUCACCGGCUGUAGCCCGCUGUGUCUAGGUAGUCCACCAGAAAUUGGCAGAAGGCAGCUGGCAGUACCCGAACUGAUGCAGCAGAAAUCAAGCAAAGAGCUUGAAAGAGGUGUGAUGCGCCACAGCAAUGGCUCUAUUUCAUCAGCCACACCCACCCUCACCUCAACCUCAUCAGCAUCUCUGGCCUCGUGUUGUUCGGACCCAGAGCGUAGCGGCAGCAUGCUUUCUUUGGCCUCCAGCAGCAUGCGUAGGUUUGUUCCACGCAGCAUGGCACGUCGCAACAGUAUCUUCCCCACUGGUUGUAUAACCAAUAUCAAAGUGACCAAGUCUGCUGAUUCAACGCCCAAAAAAGAGAAGAAAAGGAAGAUGACGAAAGGAUACCUGGAGCCGCCUGUGUGGAAGUACAAGGAGGCAAAACUGGAGAAGAAAAAAGAGAAGAAGCGACUGGAGAAGGAGAAGGCAGAUUCAGAAAAGUCAGACAAAGAAGCUAAAAGGAAGUCCAAAAAUUUGUGA